UCCCAUAAUGCCCCCUCCAAGGCCCUCACACAGCGCAGAGGCCGCUCGAGCAGCCGCCGCACAAGCCGAAUUCAACGAGAAGAAGUGGGUCUGGGUUCCCGACGACAAAGAUGGCUACCUCGCAGGCUGGGUCGUCAGAGAGCAGGACGAUGUCGGCGAAGUCGUCAUGGCCUCAGGAGGAGAGAUCCGCAAGGUUCCUCUCUACGCAUUGUCCAAGAUGAAUCCCCCAAAGUUCGACAGAGUAGACGACAUCGCUGACCUCACCUUCCUCAACGAGGCCAGCGUCGUACACAACCUCCGCCUCCGAUAUGGCUCCGGUGCCAUCUACACUUACUCCGGUCUCUUCUUGGUCGCCAUCAAUCCAUAUCAAUCCCUACCCCUAUAUUCGGAUGCCAUUGUACACCAAUACCGCGGCAAGCGUCUCGACGAGAACCCUCCCCACAUCUUCGCAGUCGCAGAACGUGCUUGGGUCAAUAUGGGCGAGGAGCGCGAGAACCAGAGUAUCCUCAUCACUGGCGAAUCUGGUGCAGGCAAGACGGAGAGCACCAAGAAGGUCAUCCAGUACCUCGCCGCCAUCGCCACCGACGCACACGCCCCCUCACUGACCCCCUCCCACUCCCAAUCCCCCUCGCUCUCCA